AAUGAUUUGUUUCUCUCUCGGUCAGCUGUUACCUGCUGCUUUAUGUUCACUGAGGAGCACCGUUGCUUUCAGUCGUACUGUUAGUGAAGGCCUGGCAGAGAUGUUAAGUGUGGAAUCGCUGCAGGUGGCGGAGGAGGAGGUGGUGGAAUCCAGCACCAAUAAACUCACUGACAUUUACACGUUCGUGGCUAAAGGAUGUUUUCCUCAGGCAAUGCAUCCUCUAAGAAAGAAGAAUCUCAAAAGAUACGCCCGGAAAUUCAUCAUUGACGAGGGUAAGCUGUACUAUGUGGGACCCAAGAAAGAAGAGAAGAGGGAAGUGGUAAUGGAUGUGGAGAAGAAGAGGCAGAUCUUUCUCGACUGUCACUUCAAUGACAUCGGGCAUCAUUUGGGCCAAAAGAAGACCGUCAACAGGAUCCAGAGCAAGUACUACUGGCUGGGUAUCAUCAAGGAUGUAGUGGACUGGAUUAAAGUAUGUGAGACCUGUCAGCACACAGAGAGGACUAAAAACCUGGCAAGGACUGUUCGGCCCAUCAAAGUAGAUGCACCCUGGGAUAUAGUUGGGAUUGACAUCAUAGGGCCUUUCCCGGAGACCCAGCAAGGCAACACCAAUGUUACAGUCCUCAUUGACUACUAUAGUAAAUGGCCCGAAGCUUUUCCAGUGCAAAAGACAGAUGCUCUCUCUGUUGCUAGAUGUAUUUCCAAAUGUGUAUACAGGUUUGGUGCCCCUAAAACAGUAGUGUGCACACAGAAUGGUGACUUCUGUGACGAGGUGACCAAGCUGCUGUGUGACAGGUGGAGCAUUGUGCUGAAGGUUUCUCCUCUGGAUCAACCUCAGCUCAACCCGCUGCACGACUGCACGAAUCCUUUACUGAAGGAAGCCGUCACGCAGAUGGUAACGGAGAAGCAGGCUGAAUGGGACGACUUUCUUGACCCUGUGCUGUUUCUGUUCAGAACAUCCACUAACCCCACGACCAAGUUCACCCCUUACUCUCUCAUGUUUAACAGGAAAGCUAAUUUACCCAACGAGACUACACUUAACCUGCUGAAUUGUGAUGAUCAACGGCAGGAUAUGUAUUCCACAAAGGAGGAGGCCUCUUCAUAUGUGACCAUGAUGCAGGAGCAGCAGAACUCUGUUAAACAGCUGGUGCUAGCCAAUAUGAACGCGGCCUACAAACAAGAGAAGAAGAAGAACGCCAAACGCAGGGCGCACAGCAUGCCCUCCAUGACCUUUAAAAUUGCAGAUCCCCUGUUUACAGCGGGAGACUCCCCCUCCCCGAAAAAACUGAAAGAGAGCUUAUAUUUGUCUUUCCCCGUUGAGACGGUGCUGGCCACCGAGCAAAGCGGCUCAGAAGACAUAAAAACUGAGUUAGAGUAUCACUUGGCAGAGUCUGACGUCCACUGAGGAUUUAGGACGGUCUGAAAUGAAUUUAGCAGGCACAUCAGAGGAGCAUCACCACAUGUCGUCAUGAGCUGCCUGAGGUGUUGGACGAGAGACAGAAAUCCAGAUGUUGGUGAAAUGAGUGUGAGUCAGUUGAGCACACUGCAGGCCGGUCAUCCAGAAAUGGGAUGUUUCACUCGUAGAUGAAUCUCAUGCUUAGAAUCCUCUGACCAAAGAGACUGCAGUAAAUAUUGACCCAGAUGAAUUGUUGUGCUUUUUCGCCCCCAUUUACUUACCAAAAGCAUUGUUUCCCAUGAAAAUGAUGUUAGGUUAUCUGUCUAUACUUUCUCAUACAAUAGUUUGAAUCUACAGUCCUUCAAAAUAAAAGUGUUGUUUCAUUUGUGUAGCCUUGGUGCAUACUGUAGUCACUACAAGCUGCUUCAGUUGUUAGUCUCUUUUAAUUAAUAACAUGGUAUACCCUAGUACAUCAUUUAAUAUUCAUAACAUCAGUCUCCUUGUCACCACUGCAAAAUCGGGAAACUA